AUGAUACAAGAUUUUCAAGAAGAUAUGGCUGAUAUAAAAUUGAGGAUUAAAUAUUCUGAUAUACAGAAUGUAUCAAGCAGCCAUCAUUAUUUUUUAAGAACUGAGGAUCUAAAAGAUAGUGUAAUGAAAAGACUUAAGAAUCAAACAUUUGUUGAUAUGAAUAAUUUAAAUGCAAUAUAUCAAGUUGGCUUUAAAGUAUUGAGAACUAUUGAUAAUAAGAUAUAUAAUUCUAAUAAAGAUGAAUUAUCUCCAUCCAUAGUACAAGCUAAAAACUAUGAAGAUAUAAUGAAAACAAUUAAAAAUAUUGAUGUGUUUAAUGCUAAUAAUCAAGCUAUAUAUAAUGAAGCUAUUAGUAAACAUAGUCAG